AGACUAAAACAAAGGCGCAGUAUUAUGUUAUUAAAGGGGCGUGGCCGUUUGUGGUUUGCAGGCACGUUCAUGGUUUGGCGGAGAGUGGGAGAGAGGGCUGCGCUGCCUGCAGAGGGAGGGAGGGAGGGAGAGAGAGAGGGGAGGAGGAGGAGGAACUACUGGAGGAAAAAAAAGUUAAAGUAAAAAUGGCUUCCUUGUCUUUGGAGUCUACCGAACAAUCUGAGAACAGCCCCGAAGAGCCAACAGCAACGGAGUGCAAAGAAGAGAAAGACCCGGUCCAAGUUUCGGAACAACUACUCCAAAGUUUUCAAAAGUCGGCUCUGAGUUUUUCCACUGACCAAGUAUCAUGUCUGUGCGAGGCCCUCCUGCAGGCGGGCAAUGUGGAUCGCCUGUGGAGAUUUCUAUCCACCAUACCUCCUUCGUCCGAGCUGCUACGUGGCAACGAAACCCUGCUGAAGGCCCAGGCACUGGUGGCUUUCCACCGGGAGGAAUUCAAGGAGCUGUACGCCAUCCUGGAAAGCUACGCCUUCCACCCGUCUAACCAUGGGUUCCUGCAGGACCUGUACCUGAAAGCCCGCUACAAGGAGGCGGAGAGGUCCCGUGGCCGCAGCCUGGGUGCAGUGGACAAGUACCGGCUCAGGAAAAAGUUCCCCCUGCCCAAGACUAUAUGGGACGGAGAGGAGACCGUGUACUGCUUCAAGGAGAAGUCACGAAAUGCCUUGAAAGAGUGCUAUAAGAGCAACAGGUACCCCACUCCGGACGAGAAGAAAAACCUGGCCAAAGUCACCGGACUGUCCCUCACACAGGUUAGCAACUGGUUCAAGAACCGCAGGCAGAGGGACAGGACCCCGUCCGGGACCCACAGCAAAAGUGAGUCUGAUGGGAAUCACAGCACCGAGGAUGAGGCGAGCCCCAUGGACGACGCCCCUGACAAACCAGAGGAGGCUGCUGGCUCCACAGCGUCCAUCAUCUCUCUGUCUGCUGUCCCCUGUAGCACAGGAAGCCAGCUCAUCCUCAACGGGUCGGGUGGCUUCCUCACAGCCUCUCAGUCAUUACUUCUGAAUGGAAAUUCCCUGAUCUCUAGCGCUGGUGGCGGUGUCAUAAUUAACGGACUAAGCUUGGGCGAUUGCCAGACAGUCACGCUGAGUCCUGUUGCAGCCAACUCUCCUUUGAUACUGAAUGGGGCUCAGGUAAUAACCAAACCUACUAUCAGUGUGCAGCCUCAGCAAGUAGUUUCUGUACCAGAGCGGGAGGUUUCAUCCAUGGAGGUCAAGCCAAGCAGUCUUCCAGCAGUCGUUCUUAGCACUAACACCACACCAGUGUCAAACCCUCCAUCCAUCAUCUCUCCUCCUCUGCAAACCAAGACAGAAAGCGACAGUGCAAUGGAUUUCAUCAGUGUCCCUGAUUCAGAAGGCAGCAGCCAGACAGUAUCUUCCUCUGCUUCAUCUUUAUCUCCCUCCUCACCAACGCUGUCCUCCCCAACCAGUAUCCCUUCACUAGUUUUAUCACAAAGCACCCAGCAGCAGGAGUCCCUCGCCCUCAAGGCCUUUAUGUCAAAUGUGGGCUCGGUAAUCUCCAGUGCUACCGGGUCUCUCUCCACUCAGCAAGGCGAAUAUGUUGUUUUUACCACUGCUAGCUCCCAGUUAAACCCAUGUGGGUCUGUGGUUUCCUCCAGCAACUCCACCCCUCAGGUCUUCUCUCUGCCCCAGGUUGUGCCUUCCAUUCAGGGGAUACCAGUAUCCCAGCUGGUCCAGCACUCUUCAGGUGCCCAGGUGAGCCAGUGCCCUCAGUUGGUCCCAGUGUCUCCCCUCACGUCACCAGCUCCUCAGUUCCAAAGCCAGACAUUGAACACAGGCAACAGACUGGUGCAACAGCAGCAGGAUGCUUCAACAAGUCUACCUGAAGUUGCCACGACUAUAGUCUCUGUUUCACAGCUGAGCAACAGUCAGCUCCCACAGCGAACACCACACCAACUGGGAGACCAAACCACAAACUCCACGGCGAGCAAAAUCCAGGCACCACAGGUUAUUUCCAUCUCUUCCGCGACGCAAGUUGUCCCGGGGCCCCAAGCAAAAGGGACCACGCCGGCACAGUUAGUCCCCCUGUCCAUGCCUCAACUGGUCCCAGUGUCCCCCAUUCAAACAUCAUCAACCAUCUCUUUCCCACAAGUAGUACCUGCCAGUCCUUCGCUCUCCAUCCCCUCUGCUGGAGUACCUGUACAGAUCCUGACUUCAGGCCCCGCAGCUGCAGGGGUCUCACAGGGCCCUCUUAGGAUAAACCAGUUGAGGCCCAUUCAGAAUGUGGGUCCCUCAGCCAGUGUGGCCCCUGGUGUGCAGCUCCUCAACUCCGGCAUCAUUCAGCUGCCCUCUGCUCCUCCAGGUAACCUUCUCAUCGGUGGAAGCCCCUACCUGAGUGUCCAGCAAGGCAAGCUGAUUCUGACUAUCCCUGCAGGCAUUCAACUCGCCAGUUUGCCCCUGAAACCAGUCCCGGAGGCUUCAUCCACCUCUCUUAAUGGAGUGAGUCCAGCUCUCACGCCUUCCAACCCUCCUGUAGCCUCCCAGCCUUCAACCACCUCGGGCCCAACCCCCAUUGGCCUCACAUCGUCUCCCCUAAACUUCAUUAACUCAUCUCCACCGUACUGUGCUCCAGAGACUGGGACACCUGUCAUCCCCUCACCUCAUACGCUGGACCAUUCAGUCACCCCCACAACGCCAAACACUCUUACUCCAGAAAGUAUGCUUACCUUCAGUCCCAUGUACAGUGGUGUGACAUCUAACACCCAGCUGUCCCAACCAGCCUGGAGCCCUGUGCCCCUCUCCACUUCAGCUAGUCUAACUUUGUUUGAUGUCCGCGGCAAGGGGGACCUCCCAGUAGACCCGGCUUUGUUGGGACUACCUGGAGGAGAGUCGCUGCUUCUGGGAAGCCCCUCACCAGAGCAGGAUGUGGAAGCCAACUCAGCACUGGGGAAUCCACAGGAGAUUGAUGGGGACUCCAAGAUUCUCACUCAGCUCCAGUCCGUCCCUGUGGAUGAUGAGCUGGGCUUGUAGUCUGUUUACGUUGCUAGUUGGCAACCUCAAGUCUCAACAACAGUAAUGAUGAAACAUACAGUAGGUUACAGACUAUGUUUUAUAUCCCACAUCACCAAUCCUAUAAGACCUAACUGUCUUUUACAAUAUGUUUAUAUAAAACAGUGCUCUACUGCAGGACUAAUAAAGGCCUAUUUUAUUUCAUCUUAUCUCAUGAGGGCCCGAUAGCACGGUUGUAGCAGGCACUUUUGAGAUAACUCCUCUAUAGCUCUAUUUUACAUGGCCACAAUAUUCUUCUGGGUUUUGUCUUAGAAUUUUUACUGAAAUCCGUAUGUGCCUUUCCUGAUUCACCAGAUCCAAACCGAAGAACUAACGGAUUAUUCUGUGUGGCUCAGUUACACUUUUCUUUUUUUUGUAAGACUAUAGUAUGCCAGGCAUUAUAGCUUAUUAUAGCCACAUUCUGCCGCUGAGCAGGUUCAACUUUAUUUGGAAAAGAUGCCUGGGGUUUUUAGCUGGCAGUACAAUUAGUUUGCUGUGGAUCCACAGUAACUAUAUACCCAACUAUCUGGCAAGGGCAUAAACCUAGAAAUACGAGGAUGGCCUGCCUGUCCCGAACUCUUCUGGAUGAUUCUGGAUGUCCUUUCUUUUGUUUUGUUUUUUAUUGUCAGCACUCAAGGGUUAUAGUGAAGAUUUUAUUCUUCAUAAAUGGACCUGAGUUGGGUUGAGUUGAGUUUUAUGUUAAAUCUUUGAAAUUCUUUUUUCCCCCCAACCUUUAUUUCGUCAUCGCUCAAUGGACUAUAAAACCGUAUUUUAUUAGAACAUGUUACUGAAGUCUGGCUUGGAACAUGCAGCCAAACUUAAUUUUUAUCAGUAAACUGUUUUAAUUUACUUAAUGCAGUUUUCAAGUGUGAAUGCUGCCCUCGUACUACAAGUAUAACACAGGAAAUAAAAGGGUCUGUACUCUAUGCAAUGCAUGUUUAGUUCUUCAUAGGACACUAUGUGGCACAAUGGCUGAACUGAAAAGCCAAUACACUUGGGAGAUGAGGACAAAGCUUUUCAAUAAUGAACUAUUAAUUAAUGCAUGACAAUGCAUUACACUAAAAUGUUUGCUGUCAUCCAGUGUAGUUAUAUUUUUCUUCGUCAAAUGCAUCCAAAAUCUCUGUUUGCUGAUGUUGACAAGUGCCUUAUUGUAAAGCUUACGAAUUUGAUAUUUUUGUUAAGAAAAUGUUUUUACUUUUUACACAGUUUUACAGUUGCUAUAUACCCAAUGAAAUUUUGGGAUUGACUUCGUGGACUUUUUUUUUGAAUACCCACAUUCUGUGUCUGUUUGAUCUCGAUGGAAACAUAAUGUGACCUUGUUGGUUUCACGGUCACAGCAAUAGCUCCUUUUUUUUUUUUUGUAUAUUUUGCACCUUUCACUCACACAAUGUUUACGCUGCGCUGCCAUGUUGACAGUGGUUGGACUCAUAUUCUGUUCUGAAAUUUUCUCUCUUAAUUGGACCUUAAUAAUUCCCCCUUAACAAAAUGUCUAAUGACGUAAAUCAUAUAACAGGACACUGAUUUCCUGAUGAAAUAUGUCAUAAAUUGUUUGAACAGCUCCUUCAGUUUUAGCCUGAAAAUGCCCGUAUGCAUAUGACCUUUCCACUGUCACAACACAGGUAGUGGUCAAACCUUUGGCCAAUUAUGGUACAUAAAAAUACACUUCAGUGUCUCAUGUAGUUAAAAUAAUGGCCUUUGUGUGUGUGUUUUUGUUUUGUUUUUUUUUAAAAUCAAUAUGUUUGUUGUUUGUCUUUUUUGUACAUUUAAUCUAUUUAAAGCAUGUAUCAUCAGUUUCUAGUUUUAUCUGAAAGGCAAGUGAGUCCUUGUGGAAGAACACAGAUAGGAAAUGAUAUUCAUUUUCAUUGGAAGGUCACAUUGUGGUGCAAGCUGAGGUUUUACACUCUUAGACUACAAGUGUUAAAUCAAUUUUAAUGGCAGGUAGGUCAUUUUGAAACACACUAGGUCACCCCCUGAUGAUAAAGGUCAUUGUUUCCAUUGGAAUUUGGGUAGAUAGUUAAAUGGCAUGGACAAAUCAAUUUUAGUUUCAAUUUUACUUACUUACUUUAAAUUAGUUAGGGAUAAAGGGAAAUGUGUCCUAUAUGUAAAACAUGGUUACCUGCAUUUGUUUGUAUGAGCCAUUUCUUACCAAAGUAUGUAGACAUUGAAGCCCCUAGGGGCUUUCGCACAUUUGUAGCCCUGUUUGCUUGUAGCCUGGGAUACGAUUUCACUCUCUCCUGCCUGACACAUAAUGUAUAUGACUACAGAUGUAACCAAAGAUAAUGUAUUUUGAUCAACUUUUUUGAUAGUUUUGAAAGGGAUGAUUUGUGUCUGUCAUCCAUAUUUCUUGUUUUCUCAAUUUUGUAUUCAAAUUCAUUCUAUUUUUUAUAUUACAUAAUAUUGUAAUAAACU